UUGCUUCUGAGUAUCCAAAAAAACUAACAGAAAUUCUACCUUGUCUCUCUCGCCUUCUCUCAAUUUCACAUUCACACAAACUCAUCGCACUCCUCUUCUCUUCUCUCUUCUCUCCCACACACACAUAUUAUAUAUAUAAAACAAAACCCUAUUCUCUCCAAUUCUCUCUGUUCCUUCCAUUCCCUUCCCUUCCUCAUUUUCUAACUCCGUUUGGCGGUUAUCAAAACGACCACGUUUCAUUACCUCUAGGGUUAAUUUCGCGUUCUUUCUUAGGUUUCUUUAACCCUAGUUAACGAUUUCUUCUUUUAGGGUUUUAUCUUCUGCUUUUAAUUCCAAUUUCAUUGGUGUUCUUAACUCAAUAUAUCGUUGUUCUUUAGGGCUUUUCAAUUUCGUUUUUCUUUGGUAUAGUUUUUAGUGUUAUGAAUGGGUUAGCGAUAGAUUGAGUUCUACCGAUUAAUUCUCAUAGAGAGAGAAGAGGAAUCUGAAUUGAAGCAUUUUGUUGUGGAUUAAUUGAAUUUCAUAGUGGAAUUGGUGCUAUUUCACCGUUUAUACGGUGAGGAAGUGCGCGUGUGUGUGUUUGUUUUGGUUAAUUUUGAUCAUGUACAGUGUUAGUUAUGGAUAGAAGUGAACCUACGUUAGUUCCAGAAUGGCUGAGAAGUGCUGGAAGUGUUGGUGGUGCUGGCAAUUCAGCCCAACAUUUUGCGUCCUCGUCUAAUCAUACCGAUUCCCAUUCUCCAUCUGCAGUCCAUAACAACAGAAACAGAUCUUCUAGGACAAAUAGUGAUUUUGAUAGCUCGCGUUCUGUAUUUCUUGAUCGGACAUCGUCGUCUAGUUAUAGGAGGGGUUCUAUUAUCAAUGGUUCUGCCAAGAAUGCUUACAGUAGUUUCAACAGAAAUCAUCGCGACAAGGACCGCGAUAGAGAGAAAGAUAGAUCCAAUUUUGGAGACCAUUGGGAUCGUGAUGGGUCUGACCCAUUGGCCAACCUUUUUUCUGGAAGGAUAGAGAGGGAUACAUUGCGCCGUUCUCAGUCAAUGGUUACCCGGAAACAAGGUGAGACUUUACCUCGCAGAGUUGCAGCUGACACUAAAUCUGGUGGAAGCAGCAAUCACAACAAUGGCAAUGAUGUGCUUCCUGGGGGUGGUGUUGGCAGUAGCAUUCAGAAAGCUGUCUUUGACAAGGAUUUUCCAUCACUCGGCGCUGAAGAGAAGCAGGUAAUAGCUGAAAUAGGGAGGGUUUCAUCCCCUGGUUUGGGUGCCACCGCUAGUCAAAGUCUACCUGUUGGUAGUUCAGCUUUGAUUGGUGGGGAGGGAUGGACAUCUGCCCUUGCAGAGGUAUCUUCCGUAUCUGCACAGCAAACUGUUACUGCAACUUCUGGGUCUGUUUCUUCAACUGGUCUUAAUAUGGCCGAGGCAUUGGCACAGGCUCCAUCCCGAGCUCGUUCAACUCCCCAGGUGUCGGUGAAAACACAAAGGCUUGAGGAACUGGCUAUCAAACAGUCAAGACAGUUGAUUCCAGUAACACCAUCUAUGCCUAAGGCUUUGGCUCUUAAUUCUUCUGAGAAAUCAAAAUCAAAAACAGCUAUCAGAAAUGCUGAGAUGAAUGUAGCUGCGAAGAGUGUGCCCCAGCAACCUUCUGCGUUGCACAUUGCUAGUCAAUCUCUUCGCAGUGUAAAUGCCAAAGUUGAUGUUCCUAAGACAUCUGGAAAGUUUAUUGAUCUUAAAUCGGUGGUGUGGGAAAAUGGUGCUUCCCCUACUUCUAAGGAUGUUUCAAAUCUAACAAAUUAUGCUAAUAAUAAAUUGGCAAAUCAACAUGCUAUUUCUUCAGCAGCCGCUCCCCCACCAGUGAAGAACCCCAACAACCUAAAAUCCCCCACAGAGCGGAAGCCAUCUCCUUUGGAUUUGAAAUUAGGGUCUACUUUGGACAAGAAACAAUCCAUAUCUCAAGUGAAGAGCCGAAAUGAUUUCUUCAAUUUGCUUAAGAACAAAUCGGCAACAAACUCGUCUACUGUUCUUCCAGAUUCUGGCCAGAUGGUUUCAUCUCCCACAUUGGAAAACUCUGCGGAACUAAAAAGGGAAUCAGUUAUGCCUUCUGCAAGUCCUCAAUCUGCUGGGAAUGGUGCUGAACUGACUAGUAACGGCAAUGCUCACGCACAUGAAAAGCCCUGCAGAAUUUCUGAUGAUGAAGAGAAAGAUUCUAUUUCUAGAGCUACGGUCUACCCAGAUGAGGAAGAAGCUGCAUUUCUUCGCUCUCUUGGCUGGGAGGAAAAUUCAGAUGAGGAUGAAGGCCUAACUGAAGAGGAGAUCAAUGCAUUUUAUCAGGAGUGCAAGAAAUUGGACCCCUCCACACUCAAGCUAUGCAUUGAGGGUAUGCAGCCACAGCUGUCCAAGUUGUUUGAUUCUUGUGCAUCUGACUUGCGAGGAGCAUCUGCUGAAUUGAACUCUUCUGAUCCCAGAUCUGAAGCUUGAUGUGCUAUUUUUAAUCAUUGUUAAAUCUAAGUUUCAAUUUUUGAUGGCAGAGGGCUAGAUCCAUUCCUUUUGUUCAGAAAGAAAGGCGAUGAUUUAGGGGUUAUUAGAUGUGGGUGGGUUUUGAAUGGAACCUUGCAUUUGCAAAUAUUGCAAUAAGAUACAGGUGCCUCAAUCCUGCCUACUUAACAAGGAAAUUCUUUUGUUAUUUGCCUUUUUUUUAUGGUUAAAAGUCAUAGGGCUGGUUGGUAGGUAGGGGCUAUUUUCUCUGCCGUAGUAGGGUGCUGGGAAAUUGAAUCUUUUGGGGGUAUUUUGAUCUGUUUACUUUCUUUCAAGAGGAUUUUAUCCUACAUGAUAAAGUUUAUUAUGUUUUUGGCCAAUUUUACCCAAAAAAAGGGGAUUUUUUCACUUUUAA